UUUCCUAAUUUUUCAUAUCUCCAAUUUUUUUAAACAAUUGUAGGAUCAUUGCCCUCGCAUAACUCCUCCCGGUAGAGAGAUUUAUCGGGAUGCCGCGGGUUUGCUGUCUUUUUUCGAGGUUGAUGGUGCUGAAGAACGGACCUACUGUCGCAACCUUUGCCUCCUUGCUAUGCAGUUUUUGGCGUGGAAGACAAGGUUUAGCGAAAUUGCAACUUUUCUGUUCUAUGUCCUUACGCGAAAUGACGAGGAUGGCUGCAGAAUAGUCGGAUAUUUCUCAAAGGAGAAAAAUCCUAGCAGAAAUUACAACUUGUCUUGUUUGUUGACCCUCCCUAGCGAGCAGCGAAAUGGUUACGGGCAGCUACUAAUUGAUAUGAGUUAUCAACUGUCCAGAAUGGAAAGAAAAGUAGGAGGUCCGGAGCGGCCCUUGUCUGAUCGCGGCCUUCUUACCUACAGAAAAUACUGGAGAUCAAGUAUACUAUGCUACCUGAGGUACGUCUUGAUCUUUCAUCCUGUUUUUGGCUUUUUUUUCGGCAGAAGUUAG